GAGUGUCACUGGCCUGUCGCCUACUUUCCUCAGGUGAUCCUGGCCACAACCUAUUGCCUGCGGCCGCCGGUGCAGUUUACUUGCAGUCCCCGAAGCGUCCCAGAGUCCCUCCGGAGCGGCAGCGGCAGGUCCAUGGAGAAGGGUCCGGUGCGGGCGCCGGCCAAGCCGCGGGGCGCCAGGUGCAGUAAUGGGUUCCCCGAGAGGGAGCCGCCGCGACCCGGGCCGAGCGGGCCGGCCGAGAAGUCGCCGCGGCCGGAGAUCAAGAGCGUCCAGCCGGCGGACGGCUGGAAGGGCGAACGGCCGCGCAGCGAGGAGGAUAAUGAGCUGAACCUCCCCAACCUGGCGGCCGCCUACUCGUCUAUCCUGCGCUCGCUAGGCGAGGACCCCCAGCGGCAGGGACUGCUCAAGACGCCCUGGAGGGCGGCCACAGCCAUGCAGUUCUUCACCAAGGGCUACCAGGAGACCAUCUCAGAUGUCCUAAACGAUGCUAUAUUUGAUGAAGAUCAUGAUGAGAUGGUGAUUGUGAAGGACAUAGAUAUGUUUUCCAUGUGUGAACAUCAUCUGGUUCCGUUUGUUGGAAAGGUCCAUAUUGGCUAUCUUCCUAACAAGCAAGUCCUUGGCCUUAGCAAACUUGCGAGGAUUGUAGAAAUCUAUAGUAGACGAUUACAAGUGCAAGAGCGUCUUACGAAACAAAUCGCGGUAGCCAUCACAGAAGCCUUGCGGCCCGCCGGAGUUGGGGUGGUAGUGGAAGCAACACACAUGUGUAUGGUAAUGCGAGGGGUACAGAAAAUGAACAGCAAAACUGUGACCAGCACGAUGUUGGGUGUGUUCCGGGAAGAUCCAAAGACUCGGGAAGAGUUUCUAACUCUCAUUAAGAGUUGAACUUCAGCGUAUGUCCUGUGGUUUGCUGAUUGUGCUGUUAGAAACAUUGUUUGUCUGGUCUUAACUGUUUGUACAUUCCGUUUUCAGUUGUUACAGAUGUGGACUUUAUCCCUUGUCACUAAUUGUGUUUAAUAAUUAUUUAUAGCAAAUCAAAUAAAAAUAAUUAAUAAUGGGGUGAGCCCUCUACUUUCUUCUUGCCACCUGUUAGUGGUAACUGUCAAGGAAACUGCGAAAUAGUGUAAGUUACAUGCACAAAACCACUGCCAUUUGGAUAACCAUUGGGUGCUGGAAAGGAAGAAAAACUCAAGUAUUUUGUUCAAAUACUACGGUAAUUGGGUUCAUAAGCAUCGGAAUGUUGGGAAUGGGAGGAAACUAUGGUCAAUAUACUGUUUUUUUCUCCUCCCCAAACAAAAAUGGUGUAGUGCUUAAAAUAAUUCCUGUACAGCGAGCAGCAUUGCUCUGCAAACACAAAGUCCAACAGGCUCCACUUGAAUCACACUUAUUAAACUGCCAGGGCACUUUGUUUUUACAUAUUUAUUUUUUUAACUAUUCCGUUGUAAUGUUAGUCAUCAAAGGAAGGUGGUGGAAUAUCUAUGUUUUCGAUUUUACUGUGAGCUAAAAAGGCACAUUUCUACUUUCUAUUCUUUUUUAAAUUCAAGUACAAGGAAUUUGUUUAUAAGUGUAUUCCCAUGUCAACAUACAAGGAUUUAGACAUUUAACUCUCUGUGCCUUGAUGAGAAUAUCACACCACUUAGAGUGUAGAUGCCUUUGCCAUUUUUUAAAAAACCGUUAUUUUAUGAGACAUCAGUACCAAUACUGCAAAUAACUAGUCCUCACAAUUUUACCUUUAGAAGUCUCUUUCAUGCUUACUUUGUGUAUUCCUUGUAGAUGUCUCAAAACUUUUUUUAAAAAACCUUAUCAAGUAUUUUUCUAAGUAUUUCCAGAAACUUUUGAGAAUGUCCAUCAUUUUCAGGUCUACGGAACCAUAGCUUCUGUGAAUAUGAAAGAUUGCAGAAUGAACUAACUGGACUGAGUUGUGAUAUCCAGUGUUAAUGAAUGCCGCAUUCUUGGUGCCUAUGAAAAUGGACUGUAAUUUUCUGGAAUUACUGGAAAAUAUAGGAAGCCCCCAUACUGGCUCCUCUUGUGGUCCCUGUGGGUCUUGUCUUCAGUAUAACUGUUCAAGUGGUAUAUGUCUUUUCUUCCAGGAAGCUGUUGCCUUAUUAAUGACUACCUGAAAUUUCCUCCACUGGGGCAGUGUGGGCCAUAUUAAAACAACAAAGAAAAAACCCAACUCCCCUGCAAAAACACAACAACAGUCAUUCCAUGGAAAAGUCUCUUAUUUGGUUGACAUCAUGCUAUUCAGAUUUAUUCCAUUACCUUAAGAAGAACUAAUUACAGUGCUUACUUUAAUCUUGGUGGUCCUAACUCUGCCACUUUGAUGUCAUUUGACUUAUGAUGGGACAAGGUGGAAGAAGUGAUGUUUAUUUAUUUAUUUUUUAAAGUUUAUUUAUUUAUUUUUGAGAGAGAGAGAGGGAGUGCACAUGCACA